AUGUUGGUUAUGCCUAUCGUCCCUAAACAAGGAGGGCGGGAUUCUCACUCUCCGGGAAAACCAGGUAGCAAUACGCCAUGGAAAACCACCUUCCUACAUGGCCUCCACCCCGGUAACCGCGACCACGACCUCCAUCGAAGCAAGGGUGGCAAUUAUAAAAACCAGAGAACAUCCUCAAACGAUAGCUCUUGGAUCCUGAGGGAUAUGGUGGGAAAGGUGAAGAGUCAACAGAUAAGCUUCACGGAGUUAUCACGGAAAAUACGGAGGGGCGUGAACAUGCCACGGAUGAGAGACUUUUACAUGUUAACCAUUAAAAAGUCAGGCAUAGUGGACGGAAGGAUCAAGGUAUCAGACAAGGAAGAUACAUUUACCUGA